UAAUAAUUCUACCAUUUUCUUAUUUGAACAUCUUUCUAAAGGCAAUGUUAAUUCAACUAAUUUAACGAUCAAUACUUUUAAUACAAUAACUCAAAUGUGGACCAAUCCAAACAUAUCCGGAAAUCUACCACAACCUAGGCAGGAGAUGGUGGCUGUUGUUGAUAAAGCUGGUAAAAUAUAUAUUUCUUGUGGAUACGAACCGUUUGUGACUCAAAAAACUCAUAAUGACACGUAUAUAUUGGACUCUAUGAGCUUAACUUGGUAUAAUGGUCCUCCUGCUCCAGUUAGUAGAUCAGAUUAUACUGCCACGCUUUUAUCAAAUGGGGUUAUUGUAUAUAUAGGAGGAACAAAUGAUGACGGUGCACAAGAAAUUAAAAUGAAUAACAUUACAAUUUAUAAUACUAAUAAUGGAUCUUGGAGUACAAUGAUCGCGUCUGGUGAUUAUAUUAGUGACCGACAAUCUCAUUCUGCAGUACUAAGCAAAGAUGGAUUCAUAAUUAUUUAUGGAGGUGGUGCCAGCAUUUCAGUUGGUAAAUUUGAUAUAACAACUAAUCCUAAUAAUAAAAUUUACUUGAUGGACACUUCUAACUAUACAUGGGUUUCAUCAAUACCAACUACCACAACAGCGACUGAUGUGCCAACUACUACCAUAUCAAUACCAAAAUCAACAAAUGUCAUUUCACCUGUAUCUAAUUCUUCUAGUACUCCAUUAAUCCCGGUAUUAUGCAGCUCACUUAGCUCUGUUGUCAUUAUU